AUGACUUCUCGGGCACUACGGCAUGGCGCCUGGGCUGCCCGCGGCCCUUGUGCUGGCGGCGCCGGCAACAGCAGCAGCAGCAGCAGCAGCAGCCUCCUCAUCCUCCCAUCACUAAACUUCGGCCCACCGCCUUUAACUCAGCGAAGCGCAGCUGUGCCUGUGACGGUGAGACAAAAGGCGUCACCCUUCCAGCGGCAAGCCUGGAGGUCCUUGCAAUCGGCAUGUCUUUCGGGGAAAUGGCAUCGGGAUCAGGGACGUGGCCAGGCCGUGUCCGGCACCGCGGCGAGCAUUCCAUCGCCAUGGGGUCAAGGUCAUCAGCGUCAUGAUGGCUCCGCCGCCUCUGCCAGCGGAGCCAGCAGAUUGAUGCGUAACUACCCGAACCUGCUGGCCAAGAAGGAGCACGGUGGGAUCAGCACUGGCAACGUGCUACCGAGCCUGCGCAGGUGCUUCUCGUUCAAGGCGAGGCAUCUGACGCGUGAGGGGAAGGAGGGCUGCGAGCAACCCUCUGGAGAUGUCCCGGGCACCCCAACGUCAGCAGCGCGGGCUAUCCGAAAGGUGCUCCCAAAGUCACUUGGUGCUCUCACACCCCAUGAGAACAUCUACACGGUCCCAAACCUGUUGACUUUCAGCCGGCUCAUCGCGGCCCCGUUCAUCGGCUAUGCCAUCCUGCACGAUGCCCACGCCUGGGCCCUCGGGCUUUUUGUCUACGCCGGCGUCACCGACCUGCUAGACGGCUGGAUCGCACGCCGUUGGAACCUGCAGACCGUUGUCGGCAGCGUCGUCGACCCCAUGGCAGACAAGGCCCUUAUGACCAUCUUGACCGUCUGCCUGGCGACCAAGGGACUGUUACCCGUGAAGAUUGACUUCCCGUCCCUGGAUGAAAUGGCCUUUCUCACUCCAAAGUACCCAUGCUGGGUGAAUAUCGCAGCCAACCCUGCCCACUCAUCGGCACCAAAAGCCAACCCCGAGACAUUCAGACUGGAAACCCCGCCGCGUGUCAGAAUGUUCUGGCUCGCCGUCAUCAUCCUCGGCCGCGAUGUCGGCCUGGCCAUCGCCGCCAUCUACUACCGCUGGAUCUCGCUCCCGCCCCCCAAGACCUUCACCCGCUACUGGGACUUCAGCCUGCCCUCGGCCGAGGUCCGCCCCACCACCAUCAGCAAGUACAACACCUUCCUCCAGCUGGCCCUCGUGGGCUCAACCGUCGUCGCGCCCCUGGUCACGGGCAUCGAGGUCGGGCCCGCGCUGGUCGGGUUGCAAUACAUCGUCGCGACCACCACCAUCUGGAGUGGCCUGAGCUACGUGUUCAGCAAGGACGCCGUCAAGAUCCUCUCCGAUGCCAAGGACAAGGAGCAGUCCAAGGACGAGGAGGAGCCCAAAAAGCCCUAA